AUGGCCGGCUCUGGCAAGCAGCCACCCGAGGUGCAGGCUCGGAUCAGAGAGCUGCUCGAGGCAGGCUUUGACCCAACGACUAUACACCGAAAGCUGAAGGUGGGAAGAAGUUCCAUCUAUCGCAUGAAGCGAUGCCUUCAGCAAUAUGGAUCAGCCUAUCUACCCGUAGAGCUGAACAAAAAGAACGGCAGACCCAAAACGCUCAAUGCGGAGCAGGAGCUCGAAGUGAGAGAAUGGUUACGUGACUCCAAGAACAGGACUCGGUACCUUGACGACCUUGUCUGGCUAAUACAUGACCGUUUCAACGUCGUCUGCAGCACCACUACGAUGUCGAAGUUGAAGCGGAAAUGGUUACUUGUCAUAGAAGCCGAGGAAGCCGGGCAGCCGCUGGAUGAAGAGACCAGGAAGUUGGUCGCCGAGACCCAUCCGCUCCUAUCAAUCCUACAGCAACAGCCACCGCUAUCUGGGACAAUGACGAUGUCAGAGCCCCAGCGUGACGAGGCGCAUGAGUUUGCGGUGCAGCAAGACCACGUCUCGAAACCGAAGCGUGGUUUUCUCGACGAUGAUUCGCCCGCGUACCGGCAGGCCGAGCCUCCGAUCGAUUCGCGCCUUCUAUUGUCUAGCCCGCAAAUUCGUGGGAUGGUAUCAGACUUUCAAUGUGCACCGCCACCACCGCAGCAACUCACAGAUGCUCAUCUGGAGCAUCAGUUCCAGUGCGGCGUGGGUGCUCCAGAAUGA